GAGCUCAUAGGCUGAGUGACAUAAACAGACUCCUGCAGCAGCUGUGUCUCAGCCUAGAUCCAGCACAAAGGUUACUGCUAUUAAUACACACCAACACAUUCAAACACAUAAUACUACAUGAUACUGGAGCACAUUUCUCAUCAUUGUUGAAUAUUUAGGGGCUGAUUGUGUCUGAUCAUUUAAUUCUCUGCUCCCCAUAAAGUGUGCAGCACCAACAAUCAGAGUCAUAUUAACAGCAAGGAAUGCCAUGAGUGGUACCUUUCCUUGCCCUUCAGUCUAUUCAGGAGGCGCAAUCUGAUACUUAAAGUCUAGUCGGACACAGCAAAGCAGGAGCCUGCUCUGUAGUUCUAUAUGUGUUUCUAUCGGUGGAGGUGUCAAACAUAGAGAAGUCUCAAGACGUCUCACUCAGGACAGGACCCAGCGCUCACUGGAUUGUGCUUGUUGCAAAAAACCUUUAGAUUCUGACAACUGAACAAAAGUGCUGCUUGGGGCCAUACUGGUUUGGGUGUGGUCUUGCCUCAAAUGAAGAAUAUACUGGAUUUAAUGACUGUGUUCUGGACUGAAGACAUUGUCAGAUGGAUUUCAGAGAGUGUGCACAUUUGCCGUGUCAGGAAUGCUGAGGCCAGCUGUCACUUCACUCGUGUUCUACAGUGCAGUCCUUAAUGUCUCUGCAACAGCACCAAGCCGACUUACACCAGGAGACAUUAAGCUAUUUCUAUUAAUCCUCCUCCUUGGACAUAAAUUAUUUUGCAACUGGAUGUAAAUAUGUCUGUGAUAUUGGUGAUAUAACUUAAACUGCCCUGAACUCUGGUUAGUACAUUUUUUUCACCUGACUCUCAGUAAUGCACAGGAACUACUAGUGUUUUCAGAGCCUUCUGUGGACUGUUGCAUUGUCACAUUGUGUAUGCUUUAAAACUGAGGAGAAGGCUCCACACAGUUGCAGAGCAGAGCCCUUUGACCUGAGAUGUUCCUCCACACAGUGCUGGUGGUCCUCACGGACCUGGCAGCUCGGUUUCUUGGAAACGCUGUUUUUCGGCAGCACUUUCACCUGCUGGUGUCAGUGCUGCUGUUGUUUGGGCCUGGACUCAGUUUUUGGGUGUCCCAGCACAGCAUAUUUGCCAAACGGACGCACUUCCUGUACAGGAUUUUCCUGCGCUCCGGUUGGGGUUGGACCUGCGUCUUUGUUGGCUCUUUUGUAUUUGUCCUCUCCUUCUCCAUUCGACGAUCUUUGUCUCUGUCCCUCCGGCACCUGUCUCGCCUCCUGCUGGCGGGAGGGUUGUGGCUUGGGUUCUGUAAACUCCUGGACCUGUUGGAGAAUGCCACUGGCAGCUGCUAUGAGCCUUUAGUUGGGACCUCAGACGUGUCCAAUGGUGAGCCUCUGCUGGUGCUGCGCGAGGGAGCGAGUAAGGCCGACUGUCUUAAAGCAGGGAUGUUGUGGAGGGGCUAUGAAGUAUCAGAGGAUGUCUUCCUCCUCUGUCUGUGCUGUUUGCUCCUGGCAGAAGAAACAGCCGUGUUUGGACCCUAUCUGAGCCUGGGAGGGGUAUCUGACGCACCUCUCAGGAUCCUCUUCUUAUUCUGUGUCGUCCUUCUAAACCUCUGGAUCUUUUUAUUGCUCUGCUUGUUAGCUUAUUUUCCCCAGUUCCCUACACAGCUUUUGGGAGGUGCACUGGGCUGCUUGAGCUGGAGAGUCCUGUACCAGGGCUGGUACCGGAUGGGUCCAAGCUGGUACUGUCCAGGGAGGCCAGGCCUGGGACUACUCAACACCAAGAGCUGCUUGAAUGGAGAAGAGAAGGGACACACACACAAUUGAUCUGAAUGAGCUGUAACAUUAUCUCAGGGUGGUUUUACAACAUUCAUAGUUUAUUCUCAACAUAAAUGUACAAAUGUUUAAUGAUAGAGUUAAUCAUCUGUUUUUCUGUCUGCUUUGUAACAUUUGACUUAUGAAGAUGCAAAAUACAUAAAACCAAAUUCUAUAUUUCUUAAC